AUGCCACCACCAUCCAACCACAGGGCCGAUAUCGAGCCCCCAGAGGAGAUCACCACCGAAGCCGCCAAAGGAUUCAUGACGGGCGUAUUCCGCUUCGGCUCCGUCUCCAUCCUAGCACACAUGAUAAUGAUCCUCCCACACCCCUUCACCUUCACGACACCAACAUCACAAACCACCACCACGCCCGAAUCCCACCCCCGUCCCCGCCCAUCACCCUUCUCCCGCGAAUACCUCCGCUCGCGCCUCUUCUACAAACCACUAGAAGGAUUCUCAGAGUGGCUCUCGCCCGCGUCGCGGGUGUACCGUGGCCUGACGCCGCAGUUCAAGGUGUUUCUGCAGAUUGCGGCGAUGACCCUGGGGGGAUGUAUUUGGGCCGAGAGACGGGUUAACGAGUAUAUUGAGAUUAUGAGGCGGAUUAAGCGUGCGGAGCGGCUUCAGGCGCAGCGGGAGCAUGGGUCUCGGCCGUGA